AUGUUCUUGAUUCGAGUGUUUCUUCUAAUAUUUGCCUUAGUAGAAGAAUCAUCUGAAAAGCCACCGAAAAGCCUCUCUCGCAUGAGAGGUGGCAAAGGAUCUUACGGUACCGGAAAUAUCGCUAUCUCAUCGCUGACCAAUCAAGGUCAACAAUUAGCUUUUUACGAUGCAAAGGAAGAAGACAACUCGAGGCAAAAUGGCAGCUUUGCCGAGCAACGACUUAGACCGCGAUCGUCGCAGGAGGCUCUAGAAGUGGAUGAUUUGGACGAGAUUCUUGCUGGUGAUCUAGACUCAUUUGAAUACGAGAAGGAAGAUCCAACUUUUGAGAACGGUGACACAAACGUAGAGGAAACGACAUCACUUCCCGAAGAGAUAAAUGAUUCUCCGACCAGUCUUGAAAAGAUUGCACGCUUGCGGGUAGAGGAGAGAAAACCUAUUGAACAACCGCAAUCUGCGAGCACGAAACUACUCGAGAAACUGCUCAGCAAAGGUUACGAUUGGCGAGUCAGGCCGCCAGGUGAAGAUGAUCUAGGAACUGUUAAUGGCGGUCCAGUAUACGUUUCCGUGAACAUGCUAAUAAGGAGUAUAUCAAAAAUCGACAACGUAAACAUGGAGUACAGUGUUCAGUUGACGUUCCGAGAAAGCUGGAAAGAUGCCCGUCUAAGAUAUGGUGCAAAAGGAGAAGAAGUUCCAGAUUUUCUCAUUCUCACAGCUGGACAACAGAUUUGGAUGCCGGAUUCAUUUUUCCAGAACGAAAAACAAGCUUACAAACAUAUGAUCGACAAGCCAAAUGUUCUGAUCCGUGUUCACAAAGAUGGCACAGUCCUUUACUCAGUGAGAAUAUCGUUGGUGCUGUCCUGUCCUAUGCAUCUACAGUACUACCCGAUGGACGUCCAACAAUGCUUCAUAGAUCUAGCAUCGUAUGCUUACACAACCGCCGAUAUUGAAUAUGUUUGGAAGAAACAAGAUCCGGUGCAGCUCAAACAGGGUUUAUCUUCGUCUCUACCUUCUUUUCAUCUAAACAACGUAUCUACUACUUAUUGUACAAGUAAAACGAAUACGGGAGCUUAUUCUUGUUUAAGGACAGUUCUUCAGCUGAAGCGUCAGUUCAGCUACUACCUCCUGCAAUUGUAUAUUCCUUCAUGUAUGCUUGUGAUCGUGUCUUGGGUAUCAUUCUGGAUUGACAGAACAGCUGUGCCUGCACGAGUAACAUUAGGGGUGACCACAUUGCUGACAAUGACUACGCAGUCGUCGGGUAUCAACGCGAAGCUACCACCCGUAGCCUAUAUCAAGGCCAUUGAUGUGUGGAUUGGAGCUUGUCUUACGUUCAUAUUCUGUGCUCUACUCGAAUUCGCGUUGGUCACGUACGUAGCAAAUCGGACGCAGCCAAAAAAACGUGAAAACAAGACUGCGAAAGCGCUUCUUUUGAAAACUAAUGAAGGCGCACUCGUCCCUAGAAUCGUCAUGGAUCAGGAGUUGGAGAAAACGAAAGUGCUUCAGUCACGGAAUCGCAGAAAUCCGUCGCGGUCAUUUUGGCUGUGGCUCGAAACAAGGACAGAUUGGAAAGAUGCUUCCAAAAGACCAGAUUUGGUAUCCAGAAUGUUAUUUCCAAUACUCUUCGUGUCUUUCAAUGUCGCUUAUUGGCUUCACUACGCUCAGUACCAGAAUCCAGCACCACAUUGA